AGCACGACAUCAACUUUCCGAACCAGAUGUGAUCUCUGAGCCGGAACAAGGACUGAGCUGAGAAAAAGAGACCUCCCGGGUUGCAUCUUUCUGGGUGUGCGGAUGCUUCUAGCCUGAGGAACCCCACAGAUGCAAAGUUCCUCACCUACCUUCUCAGUGCUUGGUGGUCCUCAGAGAGCUCACCAGAGAAGAAGGGAUGGCUGUCAGCCACCUCCCAGCCCUGGUCCAGGACUUGGUUACCUUCAAGGAUGUGGCUGUGCUCUUCACCCAGGAGGAGUGGGGCCGGCUGAGCUCUGCCCAGAGGGCCCUAUACUGGGACGUGAUGCUGGAGAACUACAGCAACCUGGUCUUGCUGGGACUCUCAGGAUGCAAACCAGAUGUGUUUUGUUACCUAGAGAAAGCAGACAAAUGCAUGACAGAGGAUGCUCUAGAAGGCUUUGUUCUUGAGGGGAUCACAAUGACCACGAGUAAGAACUUUCUCAGGGCGGAUACCCCUAAAGAAGAAUCGGACCCAUGGAUAAGGGAGGGGAGGGUCAGCAGAAGGAAUCACUGGGAAAGUGCCGACCUGCUAGACUGGAAAUACCAGGAUGGUCAGGAGGUCAGGUUGCAGCAAGUGGUCCUCACCCAGCAGGACACUCCAUCAAAGCUUUGUGGGCAGAAAGUCCCAGCAUCUGAGAAGGGCUGCACAGGGAACUCACUACCCGUCCGAAGUCAGAGAUCUCAAGCAAACAAAAAAGUGUUUGAAUGCAGUGAGUGUGGAAAAGCCUUCUCUAAGAGUUCCACCUUUAAGACACACCAGAAAAUUCACACUGAAAAACUCAGCACAAGUCAGGAAACGCCUAUUAAAGAAAAAUGCUACGAAUGUAGAGAAUGUGGGAAAGCCUUUCACCAGAGUACACACCUCAUCCAUCACCAAAGAGUUCACACUGGUGAGAAACCGUAUGAAUGUAAGGACUGUGGCAAGGCCUUCUCGGUGAGCUCUUCGCUUACCUACCACCAGAAAAUCCAUACUGGAGAGAAGCCUUUCCAGUGUGGCGUUUGUGACAAAGCCUUUGUUUGCAGAGUGCAUCUCACCAAACACCAGAACAUCCACAGUGGGGACAAACUCUAUAAAUGUAAUGAGUGCAGGAAAGCCUUCAAUCAGAGCACAAGUUUUCUUCAGCACCAGAGAACACACACCAGAGAGAAACCCUUUGAAUGCAAUGAAUGUGGAAAGGCCUUCAGGGUGAACUGUUCCCUCACGGAACACCAGAGAAUUCACACGGGGGAGAAACCAUAUAGGUGUAGUGAGUGUGGCAAAGCGUUCAGGGAUAACUCAUCCUUUGCGCGACAUCGGAAAAUUCACACUGGAGAGAAACCUCACCAAUGUGGCGUGUGUGAGAAAACCUUCAGGAACCAGUCGGCCCUCGUGCAGCAUCAGUGGAUUCACAUGGGGGAAAAGCCUUACGCGUGUCACAUCUGCAAGAAAGCCUUCAGUGACCACUCAACCCUUACCCAGCAUAAGAGGAUCCAUACACGAGAAAAGCCAUACACGUGUAAAAUCUGUGGGAAAGCGUUUAUUCGAAGCACACACCUCACCCAGCAUCAGCGGAUUCACACAGGGGAAAAGCCUUACGCGUGUCACAUCUGCAAGAAAGCCUUCAGUGACCACUCGACCCUUACCCAACAUAAGAGGAUCCAUACACGAGAAAAGCCACACAUGUGUAAAACCUGUGGGAAAGCGUUUAUUCGAAGCACACACCUCACCCAGCAUCAGCGGAUUCACACAGGGGAAAAGCCUUACGCGUGUCACAUCUGCAAGAAAGCCUUCAGUGACCACUCGACCCUUACCCAGCAUAAGAGGAUCCAUACACGAGAAAAGCCACACAUGUGUAAAACAUGUGGGAAAGCGUUUAUUCGAAGCACACACCUCACCCAGCAUCAGCGGAUUCACACAGGGGAAAAGCCUUACGCGUGUCACAUCUGUAAGAAAGCCUUCAGUGACCACUCGACCCUUACCCAGCAUAAGAGGAUCCAUACACGAAAAAAGCCACACAUGUGUAAAACCUGUGGGAAAGCAUUUAUUCGAAGCACACACCUCACCCAGCAUCAGCGGAUUCACACGGGGGAAAAGCCUUACGCUUGUCACAUCUGCAAGAAAGCCUUCAGUGACCACUCGACCCUUACCCAACAUAAGAGGAUCCAUACACGAGAAAAGCCAUACAUGUGUAAAACCUGUGGGAAAGCGUUUAUUCGAAGCACACACCUCACCCAGCAUCAGCGGAUUCACACGGGAGAAAAGCCUUACGCUUGUCACAUCUGCGAGAAAGCCUUCAGUGACCACUCGACCCUUACCCAACAUAAGAGGAUCCAUACACGAGAAAAGCCAUACACGUGUAAAACCUGUGGGAAAGCGUUUAUUCGAAGCACACACCUCACCCAGCAUCAGCGGAUUCACACGGGGGAAAAGCCUUACGCGUGUCACAUCUGCAAGAAAGCCUUCAGUGACCACUCGACCCUUAUCCAGCAUAAGAGGAUCCAUACACGAGAAAAGCCACACAUGUGUAAAACCUGUGGGAAAGCGUUUAUUCGAAACACACACCUCACCCAGCAUCAGCGGAUUCACACGGGAGAGAAACCCUAUAAAUGUAGCACAUGUGGGAAAGCCUUCAACCAGACUGCGAACCUCAUCCAGCAUCAGAGCAUCAUCUUGGCGAAAAAUGAUACGAAUGCAGCUCAUGUGGGAAUGCUGUGGGGAUGACGACAUUCACUACUGAAUAUAAGAGAAUACGUAAAGAAUCGCAAUGGAGUCUUUUAAUAGGAUUGUUGUAUUUACUGGGAGCCAAGUUCCAUGGUGCCAUGGGUUUUGAGAAUGUUAUGGAUGGCAAACAUACCUCUCUUUUUAGUACUGCCUCAGUUGGAAAGUGGUAUUUUUUUAUUGGCCUGAAUUACCAAGUACUAGAACCAAACUUCAUUAAAAGUAUAAAUGUCAGUUUAUCAAGUUCACGAUUUGUUAAGAUAAUUAUAAAAUUAUAAAAAUUAAGAUUGAGAAGCAAAUGAACAAAAAUGUAUGAAAAUGGUCCAUACGCAUUUUGUUCUAGAUGUUCUUCUAUAAGAAAGUUGUCAUUUGUCUCCCCUCAUCCACAUCCGUGAUGCCUAGUUUAGAGAUGUUUCCAUCAGUCACCCACGCAUGAGUGGAGUUAUUUAAAUCAUGCUUCUCAUGAGUCUGCUUCUGUUUCAGCCACCUUUGGGCGAGUCUCCUGGGCCCACCUGCUCACUUGCUCCUUAUCCGUGUUCUUCCAGGAAAGUUCAUUUGAAUCGUGUGACCCUCUUCUGACUUAGUUCCAACUAUUAUUACCAUGUUCCAUGUUAUCACCACCAUGGACCUCAUUCAUAACGCAGAUCUGAGUUGCGAAUUGGCAGUGUCCAUUAUACUAGAUUUUGCACCCAAAUUCAGCUUCCAGAACUCAAGGUCUCUUUCUGGAAGCAGAGAGUCAUCAAAGGUAUGGUACAAGACCUCAGCUAACUAUGAUGCUGGUAAUACCUAAACAAGGACUUUUACCCUCUGGCCGUUCCAAGCCAUUGUGAAGUUUUACUGUCCACAGGAGUCAGGGGCUUGAUCGAUUUCAGUGGGACAGUCCCUACCAUCUAGCUGUGGUUGAUAUUCCUGGCCACUCCCACUCUGACUCUCUCCAUAACAGCCGACAUGAGACAGGACCUCUAAGGCCAGUUUUCAGAUGCUCUGGCCCAUUACUUGUUCCCCGUUAGUUCUUUGUACCUGGCUGCAUUCGAGUGUAUCUGCCUCUCUCAUAUUAUUGGUCUUUGUCGAGCUUUUAGCUGGGUUUCCGAAGGUAUCAAUUCUAUGUUCUAUGAAAGCAACAUGCCUCUAAUUUCUGCUUAUAUGUUUGGAAGGUCAUUUCUUCUCCUCUCUUGGGGCAUCUUACCACUUAAGACUCCAUUGUUCUGACAGUGUUGAACAAUAUGUCAAGCAGUUCCAUGGGUCCUGAGAUGAACAAUAACACCAUUGACAUUCUCUGGUCAGGGCCAGACCCAGGCCUAAAGGUUGUGACUGGCUAAUCCUACAGGCAGGUCUUUCGCCACCAUUAAUCCCUCGAUAUUGUUUUCAGAGAUCACAAUCACAACCAUGCAUCUUUCUGUAUGCAGGCCCUGGGGACACACUUUCACACCACAACAAGUGUUGGGGACCAAAGAGACCCCCGAGCCAAAAGAGUUGGUCAAUCUCCCCCCACACCCUUUUCCACAAGAGCAGCCUGCUGCUGAAAGCAUAGUCAGCUGAGCUGCAAGUUCUCGGAACAUUUAACCACAAGAUGUUCCAAAAGAUAUGAUAAGAACAAAAAUAAGAGAAAAACAACUACUUCCUCUUUGACCUGGGGCACAGUAGAUCUCCUUCCCCUCUUACCCUUACUCCCGCCCUACCAAAACAGCCCUAUAAAAGCAAAACCCCCGCUUGCAAUAAACGGA